CAUCCGCCUCUCUGUUCUUGUCCCUCCCCAUGUGUCCCAGUGUUUUCUGAAGCCCCUCCAGCACCCCCACAGGACAUCCAGGUAGAUAACUGGCUGCUGAGAUGGAGUCCUGACCCUGACGACGGAGAUGUCACCUACACCGCUCAAUACAGCAGCUUUGACAGUUUUGUGUGGACAGAUGUUCCAUACUGUGUCCAUACAUCUUUAAAUUCCUGCAAUGUCAGUUCCAUCAAAGCUAGGAGUGAGUACGGCUGCGUGAUGCUGCGUGUGCAAGCAGAGAGGCAUGGGCAGAACUCCCCAUCAGUCCAAGCCUGUAGCAAACAUGGUCACCUCUGUACUCCGGACUUUAUUCUCACUGCGAGUCCUGGCUCCCUCACUGUACAUUUGAGUAGGAACACCACUUUUCUUCGGGAACAUGCCGACCAUGCAAAGUACAGGGUUUACUAUGGCAAGAAAGGAGAGGCCCUCCAGGAUUAUAAAGAUGGUCCGGCCUCAGUGACCAUUGAUGAGCUGCAGGAGGGACAGCGGUACUGUACUAGGGUGCAGUACCUGUAUUUCAAACAAACCGAGGGACUACCCACCUGUACCCAGUGUGAGCUCAUCCCCGAGUCAGACUCCAGACGGACAGUCACCAUAGUCUCUGUGGUGCUUGUGGGCGUCCUGCUCCUUGUGUUUCCUGUGAUAGCGUACUUCUUCCUCUUCCAGCGUGGGAGAUUCAAACGUUGGUUGCAACCUCAAUACACGUUCCGAGAACACGUAAGCUUAAACACAACCCCUCAAUCACACUGUACACACUGUUUCAGACAGCGAAUAUACAAUACACACACACAGCAAAUUCAUUUUUCAAUUGGACCGAGAUUGGACUGUUAUCCUAAAGGUAAAAAAGGCAUCCAUCA